AUGAAAGGGGAACUGAAAAUGAAGUCAAAGAUGAAAUGGGUUGGCCUGUUUGGCCUCGUGCUCUCUGCUUUCUCUAUCUUUAUUCACUUCCUUCUUGCUAGAUUCACUCAAAUGGGUGCUGCAGACUAUGAGUCCUCCAUCACAAUCUUCUCUUGGAGACCCAUCUUCGAGAAACCGAUUCCCCCCACAAAUAGUCCCUCUCAUAGAAGAUUAUGGGGUCCGGUGAAGCGUCUUGAAUCACUGUAUCCGGAUUCAAAUCCGCAAGGAAAUUAUGCUGAUCCUGUUUCACAAACAAAUGGAUUUAUUUUUGUUCGGAUACGAGGUGGUUUUCAUGAGAUCAGGAAUUCGAUAUGUGAUGUUGUUGUGGUUGCUCGACUCCUCAAUGCUACAUUAGCUAUGCCUGAGAUCCAAUCAACAACCAGCAGCAAGGGAAUAAGCUCUCAGUUCAAGAGUUUUGCAUACCUAUAUAAUGAAGAGCAAUUUGUCCUAUCAUUAGCAAAAGACAUCACUGUUGUAAGAACUCUUCCAAAAGAACUAAAAGGUGCAAGGAGAAAGAAAGAGAUACCUGUCUUUAGAGUACCAUAUUCAGCAUCACCUUUUUAUUAUUUUCAUCAUGUUCUCCCUGUAUUAAAGUCACAUUCGGUGGUUGAACUAGUUGUUUCAGAAGGUGGAUGCUUGAAGGCCACUCUUCCUCCCGAUUUUGAAGAAUAUCAAAGGUUGAGAUGCAGAGUAUCUUUUCACGCUCUUAAGUUUCGACAAGAAGUCCAGGAACUUUCUGCUAAGAUUUUGCAGAGGUUACGAGCUCCUGGCCGUCCAUUCAUUGCAUUUGACCCUGGCAUGACUAGAGAAUCUUUAGCAUAUCAUGGUUGUGCUGAACUGUUCCAGGAUGUACAUACUGAACUUAUUCAACACAAACGGUCUUGGAUGAUUAAACGUGGAAUUGUCAAGGGGAAGCUUUCAAUCAACUCGGCCGAAGAAAGACUAAAAGGCUCCUGUCCUUUAAUGCCUGAGGAGAUUGGUACGCUUCUGCGUGCAUAUGGAUACUCAAGGGAUACGAUUAUAUAUGUAUCUGGGGGAGAAGUCUUUGGUGGACAAAGGACAUUGAUCCCUCUUCAUGCUAUGUUCGAAAAUGUUAUUGAUAGAACUUCUCUAAGCACUCCUUGGGAGAUGAUUAGGCUCUAUGGGCAAGAGGUGAAGCUUGUUGAUACUCCUGGACCACCACCUUUCACUGAAGAAGUAACAAAACGUGCAGCUUGGAAAAAUGCAGGUCCACGUCCUCGCCCGCUUCCUCCGCCUCCAGCGAGGCCGAAAUCAUACAACAUAGAAGGUUGGUGGGGUUGGGUUGCUGAGAGUGAUAACGAGCCUGAUAGUACAGUUAUGGAACUGAGGACCAAUGCCCAUAAAUUACUAUGGGAGGCUAUUGAUUAUGUGAUUUGUGUUGAAGCUGAUGUAUUCAUCCCUGGAUUUGACCUUGACGGUAAGGGGCAUCCAAAUUUUGCUAGCUUGGUGAUGGGCCACAGGCUAUAUCAGUCAGCAGCAUCAAAGACAUUUAGACCUGACAGAAAGGAAGCUGCUAAACUUCUAGAUGAGAUUCGGCAGCACAUGCAUCAUGCAAACCGUACAUGGUUAGAAUCAGUUCGCAGGCAUUUGACAAAAACAUUACUUGAUGGAAUUAUAGAAGCAUCAAAUAAAUCAAAGCUACAAUCCUUUCUCUCUCAUCCAGUACCUGAAUGCUCUUGUCUCCGGCGUGACUCCUUUGAAGUAUCAAAGAAUUCUUCUAGCCCUUCAACUUCCCAAUUAUGGAAAGCUCUCAGUGUCACUCGCCGGUGUCCCGCAUGGAUGGACAGCGGUCCAAUUUCUCUAUCGAAAGAUAAGGAAAAUGAAGAGGUUGUAGAUGAGGAUGAUUCUGUAUCCGAGUUAUUCUUUAGAGAAAGUGCUGAAAAUCAUGAAGGUGAUGCAGAAGUGAACAAUAAAGAAGAAAAUCAAUUUGAGGAUCAAGAAGAUGAGGGUGGGGAUAGGUGACAUCAAGCUUAUGUGUUGCUGGUUCAUCUGGCAAUUAAUAAUGGAUUUGCAUUCUUCAGAUUCAUGUACAUAAUCAAUUGCUGCUUCCAAAUGUUGCUUACUGGAUUCAGCUUUGGGUGAGAGAAGCACUAAAAGCCGCGUAUAUAUGGCUCUGAACUUCUGAAAUUCAGAAAACAUGUUUGCUGAGAAUCAUCAGAUGACAUUAGUUUUUUCUCUUUGGCUCAAGUUCUCAAAUAUAUAGGCUAAUUUGUUGACAACAUUGUCAGUUUUGUUGUAACUUUGCAUGAUCUUCGUGAUUAAUAUUAGGUUUAAGUGCAGUUUGAAUUCUUUGCUACUAAAACUUCCUGCUUUUUGCUGCACAUACUCAGACUGUACUAAUUUAACUCAUUUUUAUACCUGGUGAGAGAAGUAAAUCAUCACCCAUAUUAUUUACUUAAUGAAUACACCUAAGAUAUUGUUAUA